UUGAAAAACAACGCUUCUUAAAUUCGAUUUUCCCACCAAAAUAAAAGAAAUAAAGUGCGAAAGAUGGGACGUCAACGUGCCCGGAUGCCGCUCUUCACGAUCGGCGACUUUGUGUUCGCCAAGGUGCGCGGCUACCGAGCCUGGCCAGCCCGCAUCCUGGACCGCGUCGGUUCCAGGUGCUACAACGUGUACUUCUAUGGGACCUGCAACCACGCCAAGGUGCCGCGCGACCAGAUCUGCGACUUCGAGAAGAACCAGCGUCGCCUGGGCGUGAUUCGGUCCAAGGGCCACGUCUGUAGUCCGGAUUUCAAGGGCGCCAUGCUGCACGCUCGCCAGGCAUUCGCCAAUCCAGAGACGGAUUACGGCUACUACCAGCAGGUGGCCAUAAAUAAGGGUCAAUGCGUCAAUGUCGAGGAUCUGAGCAUGGACUACCCGGUGGCAGAUGAUGGAGGCAAUCGGCAGGAGAUGCAGGAGAAGGAUGCCCAAGAGGAGGAGUGGAUGAACCAGCUGGUGGAGGAGAAUGACUCAACGGAGCAGGUCGCGCAGGAUCCGCUGGAGGAUCUGAACUCAGGGGAGCUGGAAUCAAAGAACGAACCAGAGAAGCAGUUGGUGGAGCAGAAUUUAGAGGGUCAGGAGUCCGAGAAUCAGCCAAAGGAGCAGGACUCCGAACAGCAGUACGCAAUGGCUCAGUUGUCUGCUCUAAAAUCAAAUAAGUUGGAUUCGAUGGUUAAGCGAAAUCGGCGCUUAAAGAGGAAAACCCCAAAGGAUCAGGAACUGGUUUCAAAAAAGAGAGUUUCCAACUGUUUGGACUCGAAGGAUCAGCCGGAGAAGCAGGAUGGAGAUGGGAAAACAUCCAGUGAUCCGUUGGUAACGCCAGAUUUCCUAAUGCCUCAGCUGGAGGAUGGUUUAUACUCGAAAGAAGUGAAAGUUUCAAAAGAGUUGGACUCGAAGGAUCAGCCAGAGAAGCAGCAUGUAGAGGUAAAAACUUCCAAAGAUCCCUUGGUAACGCCAGAUUUCCCAAUGCCUCAGCUGGAUGGUCUGAACUCGGCAGAACUAGAAGACUUACGAGAGCAGGAGCGGAUUUCAAAAGAUCGGCUUGACAAAGAUGUGCAGGAACUAAUGCACAUGUUGGAGGAUUUGGAAGAGUAUUCACGCAGUAAAGAGGAUCAGAAUCCGGAAAGCGAGAGAGUGGAGGAUAUGUAUUUCGUGGAUCAGCCCUUAAAUUUGUCCUGUUGUCGCCGACGCUGUUGA